CGUGCCGGGAGCCGGUGACAGGAGGCGGCAGCAGCAGCAGCGUGUGCUCCCGUGGUGUCCCCAGCAGCAGCAGCAGCAGCAGCAGAUAUCAAAUGACAAAAUAUCCAUAGUGACCAAAGAGAUUGGAGUCUGCAUUACUCUGAGCCCCCCCGCCUGACCUCAGCGCCUGAAUCACAUUUUCUGGACGGGCCGUAAGGAUAUGACCUUUGAGGUAGAAAUUUAGAAAGUGUACUGUGUUCAAGAAAGUUUUCAGAAUUUAAAGAUCAAUUAUUGAAGGAGAAUAUAGGAAAAUAAUAUAACAGCAUUUCGUUGGAUUCCUAAUUUUAAAACAAGAUGACUUCCAGGGAUUUACCCAAUUUAUCUCAACAGUGGAUAAAGCUUCUCUGCAGAAUGUCAAGCAAAGAUCGACACAUUGAUUCAAGCUGUUCGUCAUACAUCAAGACGGAACCCUCAAGCCCAGCUUCCCUGACGGACAGUAUCAACCACCACAGUCCAGGUGGCUCAUCAGACGCCAGUGGGAGCUACAGUUCCACCAUGAACGGGCACCAGAAUGGACUUGACUCUCCACCCUUGUACCCAUCAGCUGCGGGUCUUGGUGGCAAUGGGCCUGUCAGGAAAAGAUAUGAUGACUGCUCCAGCACCAUUGCUGAAGAUUCACAAACCAAAUGUGAAUAUAUGCUCAACGCAAUGCCCAAAAGACUGUGUCUGGUGUGUGGUGACAUUGCAUCGGGUUACCAUUAUGGGGUGGCUUCAUGCGAGGCCUGUAAGGCUUUUUUCAAAAGGACAAUUCAAGGAAACAUAGAAUACAGCUGCCCGGCCACGAACGAAUGUGAAAUCACAAAGCGCAGACGCAAGUCGUGCCAAGCCUGCCGCUUCAUGAAGUGUUUGAAAGUCGGGAUGCUGAAAGAAGGCGUACGUCUGGACCGAGUGCGUGGAGGGCGACAGAAGUACAAGCGCAGGAUAGAUGCGGAGAACAGCCCAUACCUGAACCCUCAGCUUGUCCAGCCAGCCAAAAAGCCAUAUAACAAGAUUGUCUCGCAUUUGCUGGUGGCUGAGCCGGAGAAGAUCUACGCCAUGCCUGACCCAACCAUUCCCGACAGUGACAUCAAGGCCCUGACCACCCUGUGUGACCUAGCUGACCGGGAACUGGUCGUAAUAAUAGGCUGGGCCAAGCAUAUUCCAGGGUUCUCCACCUUGUCCCUCGCCGACCAGAUGAGCCUCCUGCAGAGCGCAUGGAUGGAGAUCUUGAUACUUGGCAUCGUCUACCGGUCCCUCUCAUUCGAGGAUGAGUUGGUGUAUGCUGAAGACUACAUCAUGGACGAAGACCAGUCGAAGCUGGCAGGGCUACUGGAGCUGAACAACGCCAUCCUGCAGCUUGUCAAGAAGUAUAAGUGCAUGAAGCUGGAGAAGGAGGAGUUUGUAACUCUCAAAGCGAUAGCCCUCGCUAACUCAGACUCCAUGCAUAUAGAAGAUGUAGAAGCAGUUCAAAAACUUCAAGACGUCUUACAUGAGGCUCUGCAGGAUUACGAAGCUGGCCAACACAUUGAAGACCCCCGCCGGGCCGGAAAACUACUGAUGACUUUGCCAUUGCUCCGACAAACCUCCACCAAGGCCGUCCAACAUUUCUACAACAUCAAACUGGAAGGAAAAGUUCCUAUGCACAAACUUUUUCUGGAAAUGCUCGAGGCCAAGGUCUGACUAAAAGCACCUGUGGUGGCCUCUCAGCGCCAUUGAUAGGAUAAGGGAAAAAUAUGUCUCAUUGUUUCUGCAAAUAAUGUACUGAAUUAAAUGCAAGUGACUGCACUGAUAAAUAGCAGCAAGACUGGAGCAGCUCUCGACUUUUCCUCCUGCAUUUUAACGGUGCAGAAUUUUCCGCUCCCACUUUUUUUUUUGCUGCUGAACUUAAAAUAAAGUAACAAAAAAAAUUAAAAAGUCUUUAAUUAAGAGAGAUGGAAGCCAGCCCUGCCAAAGGACAGAAAUCCAUAGGAUGCCACUGAAUUUAACACGGACCACAAUGCCCCCCCAAUAACAAAAGGAAUCACUGAGAAAAAUCAUAUCUUGCGUAUAGUAUAAACAAUGACUGAUUGCGCUAGUAGGAUUCCACGGGAGCAGUCUGUAAUUUGACUACCUGAGCGACAUGUCAUUGGCUGCUUCGUUGCAUUUUAUUUUCCAUCCAGGCCACCCAGCCACUUGAUUCCUUUAUUGUUUUUUGAAGUCUUCCAGAUAUUUCUCGGUUAAGUACUAUGUGAUUUUUUCAGGGAAUCGUUUUAAGCUUUAUUCAUCCAUGCAAUAUUACUUACAAAAAAUAAAAAAAUAACAUUAAUAAAAAUAAUAAUAAUGAUAUUAAUAAAAAUAAUAAUAUUAAUACAAUACAAAAAUGCAUUUUUGGUUUGAGCAAUGAACAAUUAAUAAGGACAACUAAAUCCUUAUGGAAGGGUUUGUUUGUUUUUAAAAGAAAGGUUUUUGAUUUAUUGUUAUAAAUAGAGGUUGUUUUGUACCAGCUUUACCACUUUUCAGCCAUUUACUGAUUACUAUGUGGAUAUGUCUCUUAUUCAAGCAAUAGUUGAAGGAUGGUGCAUAUUACCACGGAUGCAAUUAAUGUUGUGUGCCAGUCUGGUUCGAAAAAAAAAAAUUCUGUUUCUUAAAAUGUAAAGCCUAGUGUACCUGUUAUGUUUAAUACAAUAUUAGAUUACACCUGCAAUGUAUAUAAGUAGUCUAAUGUGCGUACCAUUCCCCGUGAGGACGCUUGCAAUUUGCUAAGGUGUCUUAAAAAUAGAUAAACUUCAGUUAUCAAUUGUAAUCAAAAAAAUCUAAAAAAAAUAAAUAAAUAAAAAUAAGAAAUGUAAAAUAAUUUUGCCGGUAAGAUAAAGGCCAGCAAUAAAUUACCGUCUGAUUUAUAUAUAUAUAUAUAUAUAUAUAUAUAUAUAUACAUAUAUAAUGAAAAAUGAAUAAAAUGAAAAAUAAUUGUAAACAUUAGUAAUUUCUUCUUAAACAGCAACUUUAUACGAAUCGCUAAAGCAGUCAAUGUGAUUUCCUACCCCUGUUGUUGCAGCAUGAUAGCCAUUUCAGUAUGAGACUGUUGAAAGGUGUAAUCUAAUGUAAUCUCCCACACCUAUCCCGCUCACAAAUUUACAGUUACCUAUGAUACAUCAACACGCUCUGCCAGUAUACCAGUGUUAAUAGUUGCUCCCUGUAUCAUGUGAAACGCCCAUAUUAUAUGUACACAAAUGUAAUUAAAAUUGUAAUCUUAAUCAACAAAAAGAAACAUAGUUCUGCUUUUCAAUGUUUCCAGUUUGUUGUGCUUUUUUUCCAAUCUUUUUUCUUUUGUCAGCUGCAUUUACAAAGCUUGUCGUCCUGUUCUCCUCGUGGUUGUUUGAUUCUUGUGACGUGCGCUUUAUACACAGGGUAGAAUUAGAGGCAAUAUUGGAUGUACAAUUCCUCAGGAGCAUACAGGAGUUUAAUCUGUGGCUUCCUGGUAAUAGUCUUAUCCUAAAUACUACUCCUCGGCAGAUUAAAAAUCCAAUUGAGAAACCACACAACAAGAGGCUUUCAAAGAAAAAAUAAAAUAAAAUAAAACUUUUAAAAUUAUUCUUAACAGAACGCCAAAAAUAUCUUCUACUUCUACGUUUAACCAAGCUUAAUUUUCAAGUGAUGUAAAUAUGGCUUCUUCUGAAUCAUCUCAGAUGUUAAUAACUCGCUCUGUGUUGUUGUAAAAAAACAUUUUAUUUUAUGUCAGAUUUUUUUUUUUUUUAGUUGCAUACAAAUUCCCAAAUCUAUUGCUAAUCUGUGUGCUUUAUACAGAAUUCAAUGGGUUGGUGAAACACAGCAGCCUGAUUCUAUAAAUAAUAGUUAUAUAAGGAUUAUAUUGUAGAUUGUGGUUUCUCUGUAGAGAAGUGACUGUAGUGUGGUUCUAGAUUACUCAUCAUUAACAAUUCAUUCAGGAGGUUGAGUACCUUGAAAUGUAUAGCUCAGAUAGGUAUUCAGAAAUUGGCACAUCCCUAUAUAAGUAACUAAAUUGAAAUACUCCUUGGAGAAAAAUAAAAGGUGCUGAUUGAAUGAGAAUAUUUAUUUUAAUGUUAAAAAUAUUUUAUUUCCAGGUUUCGUUUUUUUUUCGUAGCAAUAUAUAUAUAUGUAAAUGUAUUGAACAAUACAACUUAUACUGUACACAUCUAUUUCACUGUAUUAGCUGUCUGUACUUGGGUAUAGCUGCACACAUAAGCAAACCUGUUGGAUUAUAAUUGGAAAUAUGUAAAAAUUGAGUAACUGUAAUCCACUCAAUGAUGGCAAUCAUAUACUAGAUAUAGUUACAUAGUGGUGUGUCAGAUCUCGUUAAAAAUCUGCAAACAUUGUUCUCAAUAUUGUUCUCAGAGCUGCAUUUGGUCCGGCGUCUAUCCGGACAUGGGUGCAAUAGAUCCGGUAGACCUGAACAGGCAAGAAUACUAAUUUAUAUGAAAACCUUGUGUGAUUUAUUGUUAAUUUAUGUUUCUGUCAAUACUACAUAAAUAGCAUGGGGUGUAAAAAAAAAAAUAAUAAUAAUAAUAAUAUAAAGGGAUUAUGAUUUUUAAAUUUAAAUUAUUUAGAGUUUUAACUUAAUUUUUAAAUUAAAUUAUUUGUUCUUUUCUUAUUUAAAGCAAUAUGAUUGCGUGUUUGUGAAGAGUCACACUCGUUAUCUCAAACAAAUUGGAAAGUUGUAUUUAUUACACUAUUUUGCAUUUAAACGAUGUAAAAAAAAAGCAUAUAAAAAAUUUAAACUGCUAUUUUUCUUAUGGAAGAGAAAAUGGGUGUCGGUGAUUGUAUUUUAAUUAUUUAAACUUCUCUGUUUACCUGCCUAGGAAAAACAUCUGAGGGCAGUCUAAUGUGCAAGGAUCGUUGAAGGAAAAUAAAAAAGAUGAAUAAAAAAUAAUAAUAAUUAUGAUAAAAUGAUUAUAAUACUCCAGGAGUUGCAAUAUAGCCAGAAUUAACAAAUAAAACCAUGUUUAUAGAUAUCGAUGGGCUUCACAUCUGUAAAACAAUCAACUGUAUAUUUUUGUGCUGUGUACCAUACCAUGUGCUCCAGAAAUAUGUCCAUUUGUGUAAAUGUAUUUAUUUUAUAUUGUAUAUAUUGUUAAAUGCAAAAAGGAGACAUGACUCUGUAACUUCAAUCAGUUCAGAUGUGUAAGUCAAAUUAUUAUUCCUUUCAGGAUGAUGGUAGAGCAAUAUUAAAAAAAAAGC